GGGUUACUAAGGCAAGUCUUGAGUGAAGUAUAAAGGGAAUAACAUGGUGUCCCAGUGGCUGUUUAUGUUUACUUAAAGAACAGAUUUGUAAGGGCGUUUUUUUUUUGCAAGACACAACCGACUUUUCUUUAUAGCUGCAGAGUCACGUUGCACUUUACGUUUUUGUAUGUUAAGAUUUACAAAGCCAUUGGCAUGUGAAUCUUUUAUUUCACUAAUGUGCCAGUCUUACAAAUGGAAAGGGGGCUUUACUUUGGCACUUCCCUCGUGCUCCUGCUGCUGUUGCUGAAAGCCCUCAUCGGAUUCGGGACCUCGCAAACUCAGGGCUCCGCUUUCGGGAGGGAGCCGCUGUCCGCCACCCGGGGUUCAAGUGCGACCUCGGGGGAAGAUGGUGCCAGAGUCAUGGAGCAGAGCCUGGAGAACCUCGGCGCCCCGGUGAUAUACGCGGACGUUACAGUGGAGGACGACGAUAACGGCUCGACUGCGGAAGCCGACGAAUCAUAUGGAGAAAGUAACGGAGACGUCCAACAAACAAGGUCCCUCGUGAUCAUCAGCACCCUGGAUGGGAGGAUCUCUGCUCUGGAUCCUCACAACCAGGGCAUGAAGCAGUGGGACCUGGAUGUUGGCUCAGGGUGCCUGGUUUCCUCCAGCCUCAGCAAACCUGAGGUGUUUGGCAAUAAGAUGGUCAUCCCUUCACUGGACGGUGCCUUGUUCCAGUGGAACCGGGACCGGGAGAGUAUGGAGGCAGUGCCUUUCAGUGUGGAGUCCCUGCUGGAGUCGUCCUACCGAAUCGGAGAGGACACUGUACUGGUUGGGGGCAAAUCCCUCACUACUUAUGGCCUUGGUGCAUACAGUGGCAAGCUCCGGUACAUCUGCUCUGCGGUUGGCUGCAGUCGCUGGGGCGAUGACGAGAUGGAGGCAGAAGAUGUGCUCCUGCUGCAGAGGACGCAGAAGACUGUGCGAGCCAUCAGGCCUCGAUCAGGGAUGGAGAAGUGGAACUUCAGCGUUGGAAGCUUCGAGCUGAAGCUCCUUCCUGAGACGCAGUCUGGAAUGAACUUCCUGGAGGGAGAAGUAGCAAAAGGCGAAGCCUGGAGGGAGAGUCAGCGAGUUAUCACUGAAGAACCAAAGGACCGCAAGAGGACCACAGAGAACCAGCAGAACCAGAACAAGAAUCUGGACCUGGUGAUCAAAGUGUCUGUUCCUGAUUGGAAGGUCAUGGCCUUCAGCAGUGAGUCUGAUGGACAGCUGGUCUGGGAGCAUCAGUUCUGCAAUCCAAUCGCCUCAGCCUGGUUGGUUGGCGGAGGUAAAGUCACACCAAUCGCUCUGUUUGAUGACAACGCCUACAGCGACCAGUCGGAAACUGAUGAGGAAGAUGAUGAUGAUGAUCCAAAGAAGGCCAGAGGAGCUGCAGAGUCCAGUGUUUACCUCGGGAUGUUCCGGGGACAGCUCUACCUCCAGUCCUCUGUGAGGAUCUCUGAAAAGUUCCCCUCCCAAGCCAUCGGAUCAGAAAAGGACAUCAUUCCACUACCCACUGUGAAAUGGAAGCCUUUAAUCCAUUCUCCAUCCCGGACCCCCGCCCUGGUUGGCUCUGAUGAAUUUGACAAGUGUCUGAACAAUGACAAAUUCUCACAUGAUGAAUACAGCAACAGAGACCUGUCCGUCCUUCAGUAUCCAUACGACAACGGCUACUUCUUCCACUACACCAAGCACUUCAGGGGGAAACGACAGAGUGCCAUAACCCUGAUAAGCGGAGACGGAGCGGGAGGUGAGAGUCGCAGGAAAAAGGACCCCGUGCUCCUGCUGCCCUGGUGGAAAGAGAUCCUCGGCACCAUCUUUUUCUGCAUCGCCGCCACAACCUACAUCGUCCGCAAGUUCUUCCACCCCCCUGCCCCUGUGACGUAUGUGAGGCAACGCAAAGAGUCGGAGACACAGUGCCAGACAGACUGCAAGUUUGACCUUGAGGUGGUGGAGUCCAAAGAGGCGGUUUCUAUGGAGACCCGCUCCAGCGACUACGUGUCGAGGUACCUGACCGACUUUGAGCCAGUGCAGUGCCUCGGCCGGGGGGGAUUCGGCGUCGUGUUUGAAGCCCGCAACAAAGUGGACGACUGCAACUACGCCAUCAAACGGAUCCGUCUGCCCAACAGAGAGCUGGCCCGGGAGAAAGUGAUGCGAGAGGUGAAGGCUCUGGCCAAGCUGGAGCACCCGGGGAUCAUCAGAUACUUCAAUGCCUGGCAGGAGAGCCCGCCUGAGGGCUGGCAGGAAGAGAUGGACCAGAGAUGGCUGAAAGACGCAAGCACCACCGACUGGCCGAUGAGCUUCCUCGACCACAUGGAGGUGCUGUCAGUCAAAGUCCCGGUCUCCAGCUCGGUGUCAACAGUCCCCGGGCCUGCAGGAGACGCUCUGGAAGCCUCCGUCGACACUCAGGCUCUCCUCUCCAGCAGCACUGGCGGCGCAGUCAGUUUUGACGUCGACCUCAUCGACCUCUCCUUCCAGCCGAUGUUGGGCCACGACAGCCUGAUGUCAGAGAGGGACAGCCAGGCGGACCCGGACGCCUCCGACACCCCGCACUCCUUCGAGCUGUGUCCUCCACGCGGCCCCAGCGACUGCACCUCCUCCUCCUUUGACAUCGUGUUCGAGGACUCGGGCUGCGAUCGCGACGCGGACGCAGACACGGAUUCGGCGUCUGGCGUGGCGAGCCCGAGCUCGACAGCUGAGAAGAACAGCUCGUCUUCCUCGCACACCAGACAACAGGAAUCCGCCCCGCCCUCUUCCUCCUCUCCCCCUCGGCCCACCUCGCUCACUCUGGCUCUCCCCACAACUCCUCCAACGCAGCGAGUCCAGCCAUCGCCCAAGGUUUAUCUGUACAUCCAGAUGCAGCUGUGCCGGAAAGAGAACCUGAAGGACUGGAUGGCUCAGCGCUGCCUCCCGGAGCAGAGGGAGCACAACCAGUGUCUGGACAUCUUCCUCCAGAUUGCAGAGGCGGUGGAUUUCCUGCACAGCAAAGGCCUGAUGCACAGAGACCUCAAGCCCUCCAACAUCUUCUUCACCAUGGACGACGUGGUGAAGGUGGGAGACUUCGGUCUGGUGACGGCGAUGGACCAGGAGGAGGAUGAGGACGAGCCCAGCUCCCUGACGCCGGCUCCGCUCCUGACCCGGCACACGGGGCAGGUCGGCACCAAGCUGUACAUGAGCCCUGAGCAGCUCUCUGGGAACUCGUACUCUCACAAAGUGGACAUCUACUCUCUUGGUCUGAUCCUGUUUGAGCUUCUUUACCCUUUCAGGACGCAGAUGGAGAGAGUGAGGACGCUGACAGAGGUGAGAGCGCUGCGCUUCCCAGAGGUGUUCUCCAAAAACAACGUGCAGGAGCUGAGUAUGGUGCGCAGCAUGCUCUCGUGGAGCCCCAGCGAGCGUCCCGAGGCGGCCGACAUCACAGGGACUCCCCUCUUCCAGGAGCUGGAGCCGCCUUUCAGAACGGCUGUGAGGCAGCGCUCCCGCACCUACAGCGCCUCGUCUAUGGGCCGCCCUUCACGCCAGUCAUCCGCUACCUGAAAACACCCCCCAUGACGCAAUACCUUCCCCACACCACCCACCCUCCAUCCCACAACACCCUGUUGGUCUGCAGUUCAAGAGAAACACCUCAGCCCCACGGCAUCACACACUGCCUCAGACAGAAUCACUUUAAACGCCGAGCGGGACUAACGUGCAGGACUUUUAUCCGGCCGCCUUUAGAGCGGCGAGACAAAACUCUGCACGGUUUACUCCUCUCGGCGAAUACCCAUGCCGUUAAAUAUCCGCACACCAUUAUGCCGCCCAUGCUCCCAAUUUAAAUCACACUUGCAAGUCAGAGAAUAUUCAAAAGAGCGACAGGCGGUGUGUUGUGUUCAGGACCAGACUUGGCUCAAGUGGCUCUAACAAAUAAUGGCUGGGCUCUGAGUACCAGAUGUGCGGUGUUGAUUGUUACCCACAGAACAUUACAACUGAUUAAUUCUGAAGUGUUUACCUGUGAUUUUUCUAAAAACAACAACCUGCAUUAUGUGGUACCCCGAGAUCCACGCUGAGAGCUUUUUUGGCUAUGAUUUGAUCCCUGGUCUGGUCCCCACACGCCGCUGCCGCUCGCUCUGCUCUGCUCUCUUCAAUCAGCCAGUGUUCACUCAACCACGCUACACCUCAGGUAUCAAACCAAGAGGACACUCCAAAGGGGCCUUUGAUGCUUGAUCAUCCUGUCUACUAGUGACCAGUACUGAUCACUGGUACGAUGAGCACUAUCUGGUGUUUUGACACCCAGUAUGCCUAAAUUGGGAGACCAAAUAAGACCAUCUUUUUUCCUAUGUGUUUUUUAAAAACGAGAGAGAAGGUGAUGUAUUGAGUUGAAAGGUUUUAUGAGUCCAGUUAAUCCAAUAUGAUUUGCCUUUAGAAAGGGGGCCUUCGGGGUCUCCUCUGAAUGAAUGCAGAGCCUCAGUCUCUUUUGCAUGUACCUGAUAGGAGAGUGAAGGGAUGAGUGUGAGUUUGUAAAACGCUGAAGCCAGUACUUGGAGGCCGUUUUUUUUCUCUGUGUAAAUUUACACGAUAAUGUGAGGUGCUCAAUCAUUUUCUAACACCUCCUCUUUGUACAGAAAUGAGGGAAAAGUCUGUUUAUAUCUUUUUUUGUUUCUUUCUUUAAAUCAGACAGGAAGUCUGAUCGACCUUGUACAUAAUGUAAGGCGCCAUUGCUUGUAAAUGGCUUUUUCAUUAGACUGUAAAAAGUGUGAUAUACUGUGGGUGGGGGAGGGGAGGGAACAAAGAGGAGACGAUCUCUGCCAUUAACGGAUAGCUGAAUGUUACAGUGUGACCUCCAGAGACACAAUGAUGGUGGUCACCUCUUCUCAACUUAUUCUCAGUGUUUGUUUUCACAUAUUUUUGGGGUACCAGGGAGAAGAGGUGUGCCCUGCUUUAAGCACCAGAGAACCCACAGGACCAGAGUGCCAUUUGAAAGUCAGCUAAGUGUACUUUUCUGUAACUGAUAAAUCACCUCACACUUUGUUCUGCCGUGCUCCAAACCCUGUCCGGAUAACGUUCCAACACAAAACCCCCCCGAGGUCUGCCGCUCUCCCAUGAUUGCAGGAGAAAAAGCAUUUAAGUCAAGAAGAUGACGCCGUUAUUAAACCCCCUCUACGUUGAGGGGACCUGGACCUGAUGUUGGUCGUGUGAUCCACUUUGGUUUAUGUACAUAGGAAGCGCUGGGAGAGUCACAUGACCUCUUUGUAACUACACACACAAACUGCUAAUUGUAACGUGCUUUCAAUGAUUGUACUUUUUUCUAAGGAUCUUUUCUCUCUCUCUCUCCUUUUUUUUAAAGAAGCGCAGUUUUUGGAUUAUCCUGCAGGGUUUUUUUGAUCACUGUCGAGUCUCCACUGUGUCUGAAACAGAAAGUCAAACUGGUAUUUGUUCAUCCAUCCAGUCAGCCCACUGAAAAUGAGUCACUGUUGUUGUGAAAUGCAAAAAAGAAACUGUUCUCACACCAUGAUAACGGUGGAAACUGGAUGGUUUAUUUCAAUAAUUACAUGUAUUCAUGUUGCGGGGAAAUUCAAGCUGCAAAAUGAAGUAAAAGUUCAUUUUUGACUUUGAAUUAUGUCAGUACAGGGUACUAAACUCUGAGGAUGAGGGAACUAUUCUGCCUCUGUGUUACAGAAGCCAGUUAUUGAGUGAUGUGAAGACUUGUUCUGUGUUGAAUCAGAAGCAGCUUCAUUCACCUCAACAUGAAAAAUGUGAGUGUACGAUAAAAAGUUCCAAACCAAGAAAAUGUGACCAUCCUGUUAAUUUCCUGAUACUUCAUAUAACUGUGUCCCACCCACUCGCUCCUCUCCUGUCGUCCUGGUAGCUUUUCUUAAGGACACUUCAUGAAAACACACACACACACACACACACACACACACACACCCUCUUCUCGUCCUCGGACACCUCAGCUCGGACAUGUUUAGUCGCGUGUUCUCGUGCACAAACCCCGCCCGUUCUCUGUCCAUGUUGAAUUGUAAAUAUGUUUAUUUGCUUUAUUUAUGUUCUGACGAUGUGAUCAAUCCUUUUUUGGGUUGGUGUUAUUAUGAAUGCGCUUCAUGCGACUGGAGCGCGUUGGAAUAUGAUGACUUCUUACAAGUCUAAAUUUAAUAAACUGUUCUAUACCCUUUGUACA